AUGGCAAUUGGCGAAGUUACAAAAACUGGCCAAAAUGUCGGACACGGGGUUUUUGAACGAGAGAAAUCGAUACAUUGGUCUUUUCAAAGGACGCCCACACUAUUUGCGUUGAAGAUCAAGCCUAAUGGACCGCGUAAAUGCAAAUCGUUACAAUCAAUACUGCAAAGGGAAUCUAUCUAUCUAUCUAUCUAUCUAUCUAUCUCAGUCUGUUCAUUAUCUGCGUGUUCAUAUCUAUCUAUCUAUCUAUCUAUCUAUCUAUCUAUCCCAGCCUCUGAAUAUCUGUCUACCUUAGCCUGUUCAUUAUCUAUCUAUCUAUCUAUCUAUCUAUCUAUCUAUCUCAAUCUUUUCUUCUGUAUCUAUCUAUCUAUCUAUCUAUCUAUCUAUCUAUCUAUCUCAGCCUCUGAAUAUCCGUCUACCUUAACCUGUUCAUUAUCUAUCUAUCUAUCUAUCUAUCUAUCUAUCUAUCUAUCUAAAAUUCCUAGUUUCUUCAGUAUCUAUCUAUCUAUCUAUCUAAAAUUCCUAGUUUCUUCAGUAUCUAUCUAUCUAUCUAUCUAUCUAUCUAUCUCAGUCUGUUCAUUAUCUAUGAGUUUCAGUGUGUUCAUAUCUAUCUAUCUAUCUAUCUAUCCUAGUUUCUUCAUUAUCUAUCUAUCUAUCUAUCCCACAAACAACAACAAGCAUAAGCCGCCGCCUGUGCCGCUUCCUCCAUUGUUGAAAAUCUCUCGCGAUUCUUGCCGGCGCCUCCCUUAUAUUCCUGUCGUCAUUUGCGCUUUCUUUGCCCGUCGUUCCUCUCUUUGUGUACUCGAGCACUUGUGUCUUCCAACAACCCAGCACAUCCCCACCCCUCAACCAGUCCCAGACCAGUCUAAUCUUCUUCUUCUUCUUCUUCUUCUUCUUCUUCUUCUUCUUCUUUUCCUCCUCCUUGCAAUCACUAUACACCUUCGCUACUUUCUAUUUUUCAAUCAUCAUUACACUCUUUCUUCUUCUUCUUCUUCUUCUUCUUCUUCUUCUUCUUCUUCUUCUUCUUCUCUUUGCCUAUCUUUCUUCUUCUUCUUCUUCUUCUUCUUCUUUUUUCUUCUUCUUCUUCUACUACUACUACUACUACUUUUUCCUUCCUCUUCAAUUUCUUCUUCUUCUUCUUCUUCAACUUCUUCUUUAGCUUCCUCUUCAAUUUCUUCUUCUUCUUCUUCUUCAACUUCUUCUUUAGCUUCCUCUUCAAUUUCUUCUUCUUCUUCUUCUUCAACUUCUUCUUCAGUUUCUUUUUUCUCGUCUUCUUCAUGGCACAUUCGUCCCUUUUCCUAUCGUCAAAAGAUACUUCGCUUUCCUGUUCGUCUGUGCGAAUUUCUUCUUCUUCUUCUUCUUCUUCUUCUUCUUCUUCUUCUUCUUCUACUCUUUUUUUACUCCUUUUACACUUCUGUCUUUUCUUUUCAUGCGUUUCUUUUUCUUUCUUUCUUUCUUUCUUUCUUUCUUUCUUUCUUUUUCUUUCUUUUUUUUUUCGUUUUUCUUCCUUCCCCCUCCUCUUAUACACUUUUUUUCUUCUUUUUUACUUUUUCUUUCAUGUGUUUUUCUUUCUUUUUCUUUUCAUUUGUUUCUUUCUUUUUUCGUUUUUUCUUCCUCUUUCCCUUCUCCUCUUUUUACACUUUUUUUUCUCCUCUCUUUUAUUUCUUUCUUUUCUUUUCUUUUCAUGUGUUUUUUCUUUCUUUUUUACUUUGUUUCUUUGUUUCUUUCUUUCUUUCGUUCUUUUUCUUCCUCUUCCUCUUCCCUCUAGUACUCAUUCUUUUUUACUCCUUUUACUCUUCUGUCUUUUCUUUUCAUGCGUUUCUUUCUUUCUUCCUCCCCCUCCUCCUCCUCCUAGUACUCUUUCUUCCUUACUCCUCUUACAUUUCUUUCUAUUCUUUUCAUGCGUUUCUUUCUUUUUUCGUUUUUCUUCCCCUCCUCCUCCUCCUAGUACUCUUUCUUCCUUACUCCUCUUACAUUUCUUUCUAUUCUUUUCAUGCGUUUCUUUCUUUUUUCGUUUUUCUUCCUCCCCCUCCUCCUCCUCCUAGUACUCUUUCUUCCUUACUCCUCUUACAUUUCUUUCUAUUCUUUUCAUGCGUUUCUUUUUUUUUUUUUUUUUCCUUUCCCUCCCCUCCUCCUCUUCCUAUUCUUUUAGUUCUUUUUUUUUCGUUUUUUCUUCCUCCCCCUCCUCCUCUUACCUUUUCUUACAUUUCUUUCUAUUCUUUUCAUGCGUUUCUUUCUUUUUUCGUUUUUCUUCCUCCCCCUCCUCCUCCUCCUAGUACUCUUUCUUCCUUACUCCUCUUACAUUUCUUUCUAUUCUUUUCAUGCGUUUCUUUCUUUUUUCGUUUUUCUUCCUCCCCCUCCUCCUCCUCCUAG